CCGUUUGGAAGGUUGAAGAUAGCCAACAGCAGGGGCCGUCACCGUAGUAAAGUACAUACCAAAUUGCCUUCAAAGGUUGUCUCUCUUGUCUGUUUCACGUGAUGUCAUUAACGUGACCGCAUGGCGCAAAGAAGAACCUGCUACAACAACUGUUGAACCCGAAUUUUGAAUCCUUCUUCGGUUUCACAACGCCUCUCUCCUCGCUCCCUCCGGUUCCGUUCCUGCAUUUCAUACUUUUGAAUUCUAUUCAUCACUCUCCAGUCUCAACCAACCCUUGUUCGAUGGGUACCUUAUCCCACGUGAUCACUCUUCAUGGUCUAACAAGUUGCUCCUAUGCCCACUCUCAUUCCAACCCUCGUUUCAAUACAUCGCUACCUACCAGAGUCCCUCGCGUUUUUGCCAAACUUAAGACCCAAAACUCCACCGCCGCAAUUGAUUUCACCGACCCUUAUUGGAAAACCAAGUUCAAGGACGACUUUCAACAACGUUUCAGACUCCCCCAUGUCACGGACAUCUUCCCCGAUGCUGCUUCUGUGCCCUCUACGUUCUGUCCCAAAAAGAGGACGAGCGACUUUCCGGGCAAUUAUCCUUCGGAUGAUGAUUGGCAUGGAUAUAUUAAUGACAACGACAGAGUGCUUCUUAAGACAAUCUAUUAUUCAUCACCUACAUCUGCUGGCGCUGAGUGCAUUGAUCCUGGUUGUAAUUGGGUGGAACAAUGGGUUCAUCGAGCUGGCCCUCGGGAAAAGAUAUACUUUAAACCAGAAGAAGUAAAGGCUGCAAUUGUCACUUGUGGAGGGCUCUGCCCUGGUCUUAAUGAUGUCAUCAGACAGAUUGUAAUCACACUCGAAAUAUAUGGUGUAACAAAGAUUGUGGGCAUUCCUUUUGGUUAUCGUGGAUUUUCUGACAAAGAGCUGAUAGAAGUUCCACUGUCAAGAAAAGUGGUUCAGAAUAUCCAUCUUUCAGGGGGAAGCCUAUUAGGAGUUUCACGUGGAGGACCUGGAGUCAGUGAAAUCGUGAACAGUUUGGAGGAAAGAGGGAUCAACAUGCUCUUUGUGUUGGGUGGAAAUGGCACACAUGCUGGUGCAAAUGCAAUUCAUAAUGAGUGCUGUAAAAGACGGCUUCAGGUAUCUGUAAUUGGAGUGCCUAAAACUAUAGACAAUGAUAUUCUAUUGAUGGACAAAACUUUUGGCUUUGAUACUGCGGUCGAAGAAGCACAAAGAGCAAUAAAUUCUGCUUACAUUGAGGCACAUAGUGCAUAUCAUGGAAUUGGUAUUGUGAAAUUAAUGGGUCGUGACAGUGGAUUCAUAGCAAUGCAUGCUUCCUUAGCUAGUGGACAGAUUGACAUAUGUCUGAUUCCUGAGAUUCCUUUCAAUUUACAUGGACCUUCUGGAGUUUUGAGUUAUCUCAAGUACCUUAUAGAAACAAAGGGAUCAGCUGUAGUCUGUGUGGCAGAGGGAGCCGGACAGGAUUUACUUCAAAAAACUAAUGCUACUGAUGCUUCUGGGAAUACUGUAUAUAGAGACAUUGGUGUAUAUACCCAACAAGAGACAAAAAGAUACUUCAAAGAAAUUGGUGUUCAUGCUGACGUGAAAUAUAUCGAUCCAACAUACAUGAUCCGUGCAUGUCGAGCAAAUGCUUCUGAUGGAAUUUUUUGUACUGUACUUGGACAAAAUGCAGUUCAUGGUGCAUUUGCUGGAUUUAGUGGCAUCACAGUAGGCACUUGUAACACACACUAUGCUUACUUUCCCAUUCCCGAAGUGAUAUCUCAUCCCAGGUUGGUGGACUCUAACAGUCGAAUGUGGCAUCGAUGCUUAACUGCAACAGGCCAACCCGACUUCAUUUGAUUAUUUUUCCAUUUUAAUAUAUUCAAGAGGCUUGGGAAUUCAGCUUCCAUAGAGUAUAUCAUAGGAAGAUAGCUUCAAAAUUUAUUUUUGGUUAAUUUACCCCACAUCAUAAGUGGAAAUAAUACAGAGGAUGACAUUUCCUCCUUAUUCAAAUUAUUAAUUAUUUGUAUAGCACGGCAAAUUCAUAGUCCUUCCAAUUGCAUUCAAAAUGAAAUUUGAGAGUAAUGGCCAAGCAUUAUUUACACUGAA